GCUAAUUGUCACUUGUGUGUCAAAAUACUGCUGUGUCAGUUCUAAUAUACUUACAGAAUAAAAGCAGCUAGUAAUAAAAUGGUUCAGAGAGAAGUGCAUAUACCUCUAACACUAUCAGAAUAUUCAAUUCAAUCCUGUCAGUUUUAUUUACCCAGGAACUUAAGUAUGAAUCAACCUGUGAGUGAAAAUGGCACAAUAUAAUUUCCUGUGCCUCACUGUAUUAUUUUAUGUUCAAAUUUAGUUUCUGUUCUGGGAAUUCACAUAAUCACCUUCUGAGGGUUAUCUCCCUUGCUAGCUUUGCACAGUGAAUUUUUUUCUCCUUUCCUGUGUUUGAAAAAACUUUCCUGCUACUGUAAGCUGUCAGCAUGAUAUAACCACAAAUACUUUUGGUGGUGGUGAUGGGAGCAACAACAGUCAUCUAUAAAGCAGCUUUUGUUGUUCGCUGGAAUCGUUCACAACUGAGAAAGACCCCAGCGCUGAGGUGGAGCGUAUAUUGCACUGCACUGCCAAGGGGAGCGCAGAGGGAAACCACUGAGAACAUUCUGUAGUGUGCAGUGCGGGUGGCCUAUCUCCACAAAGUAGUCAAAUACGUUGCUCUCUGUCUUAUGUAAAUUCAAGACGAAAAGAACAAAGCCAUUUUUUCCUCUGGGAUUUGAAGUAAGCACAUCAGUCUUGACGUUGUCCCUUUGCUCUGUUGCACCAGCCCACUGCAGAAGUGUGGGAUAUAAUAGUGGGAAAACUGCUUGAUUGUGCAAUUGCUGUAGGCUUAGCUUUAUUGCCUGUGGAUGGAGAGCUUGUAGAUGAUUUCCUGAGGGAAACUGUACAACCACUGUUCGUAAGCAGAGAGGGACCUGUGUACGUAUAGAAGUAUAUAUGCACAUAUAUGUUGAAGCAUAUAUUUUAAUCUGUUCUCUGUAAUAGGAGCUGCGUCUUAGUGGAAUUAGAAAGAUCCCUUUGUGUUCCUUCACUCUGUCCUUUGUGUAUCUCACUGACAAUCAUGGUGCAUCUGUUUUGAUAGAAAGAGGUUUUGAGAUGACUAGCCCAGUCAUCUCAUCUACACACAGAGCAUAGGGUUGUGGCCUGCAACUUAGCUUAAUUGCCUUUCAACACAUAAAGCAGAGGUCCUCAAUUACUCAGUCUUACAUUGAGAUUAAUUCAAUACUGUUGGGUUCCUUGCUUUCAUUAUUUAGACAGUAAACAUAAAAUUACUACAGAAAGAUGUCAUUGCCUUGCUUGAUAAUCUUGCCGCAGUGAUUGGUUUAUGUGAUCAGAAGUGGAAAGGGAUUUUGCCUAGCAUAAGAACAGCUUACUUCCCUGUGGGACACCAUUCCAUCAAGAUGACUGAUGUUCCUAUUGUAGCCUGAGUCCCAGAACUUAUUUGCAAUCUGUACUCAGGAUGUUCAGUUCUCCUUUUGAUCACUAUUUCCUGCAGUUAAAGCUCUCUAGCUGGCAUUUUCUGGCUGAGGGGGAGCCAUGAAGUUGUAUGACUUGGGGAAGGAGCAGAGAUAACAACAACAAGCACCCAUCUGUUCUUCUUUUCCAUCCCUUUGGGAUGUCCGGGUGUCCCCUGGUUAGAAUUCUUCUCCAGAUAAGAUAGUGAAGGUGUCACUGGGGGGCAGUCAGGCAAGAAAACAAUAGUGAAUUGAGUCCAAAACAUAAGAUCGAUCAGUAAGUUGACAGUAAGGAGCAGAGCUCCUCUUUGGAGGUCAAGGCUGGAGCUGUAUCCAACAUCCCUUCAGCUUCUUCCUCUGAUAAACUUCCAGGACAGCUAUCCUAGUUGCUUUUCAGAAGCUUUGGGGUCAGAAGCUCUGCUGAGGGAAGGCAGCACAGAGGCAUAGCGUGUGCAAGGUCUAUCAAGGCUCUGUUACUUGAGUAUUAACUAUUCUUUGGUCGAGUGGGAUGUUCCAGUACUUGUUUUUCUGUCUCUGCUUCGUUGUCCAGCCACAGCCAGUGUCUUCAAUGGCCCUGGACCCCUGCUCUGCCUACAUCAGCCUGAAUGAGCCCUGGAGGAACACCGAUCAUCAGAUAAAUGGCUCCCACGGCCAGCCCACGUGCGAUAACCAGAUCGAUGGGGAGUGGUACCGCUUCACCGGCAUGGCUGGCGAUGCUAUGCCUACCUUCUGCAUCCCCGAGAACCACUGUGGGACGCACGCUCCCAUCUGGCUGAACGGCAGCCACCCACGAGAGUCGGAUGGCGUCGUCUCACGCCAGGCCUGUGCCAGCUUCAGCGGGAACUGCUGCCUUUGGAACACCACGAUCGACGUCAAGGCGUGUCCGGGCGGGUACUAUGUCUAUCACUUAACAAAGCCCAGUGUUUGCUUCCACGCGUAUUGUGGGCAUUUUUAUGACAUCUGUGAUGUGGUGGAUUGCCAAGGCUCCUGUCUGGACACCAAUGACUGCACGUGUUCCCCGGGGACAACACUUGGACCUGAUGGACAGACGUGUCUUGAUGAAAAUGAGUGUGAGCAGGACAACGGAGGCUGCAGCGAAUUCUGUGUUAACCUGAAGAACUCCUUCCGAUGUGAGUGUGGGAUUGGGCGCACGCUGGGAAGCGAUGGGAAAACCUGUGAAGAAAUCGAAGGCUGCCACAAUAACAAUGGAGGCUGCAGCCAUACCUGUAUUGAAGUGGAAGACACAUACCAGUGUGAAUGCCCAAGGGGACUUGUUCUGUCGGAAGACAACCACACCUGCCAAGUUCCAGUGCUCUGCAAGUCCAGCUCUAUUGAGGUGAGCAUCCCAAAGGAUCUGGUUGGAGGCUUGGACCUUUCUCUCAUCAACACUUCCUGCAAAGGAGUAUCCAACGGCACUCAUGUCAACAUCCAUUUCUCCUUGAAGUCCUGUGGCACCGUUGUAGAUGUCAUAAAUGACAAAAUCAUUGCCACCAAUCUGGUGACUGGCUUGCCAAAACAGACUCCAGGGAGCAAUGGAGACAUCAUUGUCCGCACCAGCAAGCUGCUGAUCCCAGUGACCUGUGAGUUUCCACGGCGGUACACAAUCUCUGAAGGUUACGUGCCCAAUCUCAAGAACUCACCCUUGGAAAUAAUGAGUCGUAACAGAGGCAUCUUCCCCUUCACCCUUGAGAUCUUCAAAGAUAAAGACUUUGAUGAACCCUACAGGGGUGCUCCACCCACCCUCAAGCUUCGGGACUCUCUGUACUUUGGGAUUGAGCCCUUGGUGCAUGUCAGUGGACUGGAGACACUCGUUGAGAGCUGCUUUGCCACUCCCACCUCCAAAAUCGAUGAGAUCCUGAAGUACUACCUGAUUCAAGAUGGCUGCGUUUCUGAUGAUUCAGUGAAACAGUACACGUCAAAAGACCAUCUUGCCAAGCAUUUCCAGGUUCCUGUGUUCAAGUUUGUGGGCAAAGACAACAAGGAAGUGUUCUUGCACUGCCGCAUCCUUGUGUGCGGGGCGCUGGAUGAGAGCUCCCGCUGCGCCCAGGGCUGCCGGCGGAGGGUGCGCAGGUCGGCUGGGACGGAGGAGCAGGAUGAGCCCGGGAACUUGGAAAACCACCUCCUGACAGGUGGCCCCAUCAGAAUUGACUUCGAUGACUGACACCCCUGGAACAGCAUCUCUGCCUGAGGCCAUUCUUAGUGGUGUUUUUUUUCUCGGUGGUUUGAGAAAUGAGAGGUGUUUGACAAAGCCCUACUUGAACCUCAGGACUUGUUCCCUAGCUGUGUGAUGGUUGGUUGUGAAGUAGCCUUGGCACUUGAGGCAGCCAUCUGAGUGCAAGCCAGAUGGCAGAGCAGUUUGGUUUUAGCUCCAUUCUCUUGGUUGAAAGAAUCCUGCUGCUUUGCAGUCUUGAACCGUAACCCAAAUUUCCUUUCCCUACACCCACCCACAGGUUCCACAGGACUGUUCAUCUUGGGCUCAACCUUCUAUUCAAGCCCUUCUUUCAUCAGAUUAUAAAAACAAUAUUGUAGCUGAAUGCGUUUGCUAUGCGGUUCUGUGAAUGAUGCUGAAGCUUUUGGAUGUGCUGUGAUUUUGGAUGACCUUUAAUAAAAAUGUAUAAAAAUAUAUACCCAUAACGUGCAAGUUCCUUGGCGCUACUGAACAGUUGUCAAUUCAGGCAGCUGAAACUAGGUCUAUCACAGGCACCUAAGUUGUAGGUUAUUUUUAAAUAGUCAUAGGUAUUUAAUAACAUUUUUAAAUUGUCUUUUGAUAAUUGCAUGCGGUUUAGCAGUGUCUCUUGUAUUUAGCGUAUCAUUGUUUUUCUUUCUCUUUUCUCUCCAUCCCUUCCAACAAUGUGGUGCCUAUUGUAGGUGCUAUAGCACUUCUAUUUGAAGAAAAAGAUCAUUAAAAAUCUAAACACG